GGCGAUGGAGAACAGUGACAGAACGACGCUUAAUCUAAAAGAAGAAUCUGCGAAGAAUCUCUUAAAGAAACUUCAAAGACCGGUUGAUGAAGUGGAGUUGAAAGAUACUUCAGGUAUACUUUUCUUGACGCUUGGUGGGGAUCGAGGGGAGGGGUGGGUAGAAGACGGUACUUUUUUGCGUAAACUGUAUAAGGAUGCACGGGGCCAAUUUUUUUAAUGUUUCCUUUUUAAAGUUUUGUGCUUGCUGGAACCAGGGCUUGAAAUUUAGUAUGUUCUCUAUUAUAGGCUCUUGAAAGUGCAUCAGAAUUAAACAGCCCGAGGGUCUGAAAUAGGGUCACUGGGACUCAGGGUUUUUAGACUAUUAUGUCUCAUCCGCCGAACUUUUUUAGAAGUACCCCACGAGAUAAGCUUAUCAUAUUAUAUGUGAACGAGUUGGGUGACCUUGUAUUGAAAUCUUAAAAUUGAUUUACUCAGUAUUUCAUUUCAGACAGUAUAGCUCUAUCAAAAUUUAUACUACAAAUGCUACAAACACCAAAUUCGCCUAAUUUACUUCCACAAAUUGCAAAAAGAACGGUAAUCAAAAACGCGAAUUAAAUUCUAAAGAAAAUCUUAUGCCACACGGUACUGAAUCACUGCUGAUUGCAAGCUGAUCUGACCGCCGAGUCGGUACAGACGGACACAAUCCUCCAUACGACAGAAACGUUUUUAACACAAAAUAUAUGGUUAAUUACAAAUGUUUAUAGACGAUAUAUACGGGUGAUGCUGAACUUUUCCUCUGCUGACAGCAGACCACUCAUCAAGUGCACAGUAUAUUUUACUACAUAAUCGAAUUAGACAAAGUUAGCAGAUUAGGUUUACAUAUACCUUGUACUGUGAGAAACCCCAAACGGAUACUAUGAUAAUAAAGGACAGGGCUAAAACAACAAGAACAAGGGCGCAACUCAAAAACAGCCUUGACCAGCUGCUGAGCUUAGGGACGGACCAUUAGAAAAGUUAUGGGGGGGGGUGGGCAAUUUUCGAGCCUCAAGAACUUUUUUUUCGUUAUCAAAUUCCUUGUAUGAAUUUUCUCUAGGCCUUAGCAUGGAUAUUUUUUAGGAUUAAUCGGCGUGCAUUAUUUUUUUUUUCAUUUAAUUUUCCCUUCUGCGAAUAUUUUUUUUUGUACUUCGCCCCCCACCCUCCAUAAGUUUUCUAAUGGUUCGUCCCUUACCGAAGCAAACCCUAUGUUACCACUGGUUACGAAAUUAAUCCAUGAGAGACUCAUGAUUUUUGGGUCAGCAACCUAAGUAACAGAGUCAAGAUACGCAAGUCAUUAAAAUGCGCACUAAUAUAAUCAAGAGAGGGUAAAAGAGACAUAGAAGGCAUCCCCCCAUACACACCCUAUUCCAUAGGUAAUUUAGCUUGCGUUGCAUGGCGGUUUUGUAGAGCCGGGCGCACGAACUGCGAAGGUGUGAAACGAGCGGCAAAGCCGCGAGAAAAAUAAAAACCGCCUGCUCGGAUUCGUGGCCUUUUCAACUGCCGCCCCCUUCAACUCAUUUUGACAUCCUGUUAACAACUUGUUUGGUUUCAGUUUUCCCAGCCAAUCAGAAAUAAAGUGUUGACAGCCUAAACACGACACAAAAGCUCGUGAUAUAAUGUAAAACGUGACCUUGGGCGGAAUUGGAGCCUGCUUGAAAAAACACAGGUUUUUUCUUUGUUGCUAUCUCGCGCAUAGGUGACUACACUGCGUUCUAAACUUGACUGAGUAGAUCUUUUUUUUUUUUUGCUGCACUAAGUCUUACAUUUAUUUAGAGGCCAUGAAGUUGGUUUGUUUCAUCCGUAUUGAGUAAUUAUUUCCUGUGGUUAAUGUUUCUGUACUUGUUGCUGAUUAGAAUUUGUUGAUCUCACAUGCAGUUGUAAAGUACUAAUUUCUUUGACCACUCUUGAAGCCUAAAGCUUUUUAUUAAGACUAAAUAAAUAUUUUAGCUUCUUUGGUCUUUUCCGAUUAAAAUGCCUGGAUCUGGAUAACUACAUACCAAGGAGUUUUGGUUUGUAGUUUCUUUGUCCGUGAAUGAAUGUUUUGACGCUCGGCCUGGCUCUUUAAGUGUUGUUUUACGUAUAGCGCGAUCUUCAGAUUUGAGUUGUAGCUUAAACCUAAGCUACACCAAGUAUGGAGAAUUAUGCUGUUCGUCUUUCUUCUAUUGUAUGCAAUUCAUAGACCACAAUCGCGGACGCCGUUCGAUGUAGUGCGCUGGAGUGCGGUAUUCUCUAACACCGAGUAAUAGAGAAAAUUGAGGUGGACUUUCUCGAGGCAAAUUUACUGUUUCUGUCAUAAGGUCCAUUGCUGUACAGCUCAGCGAGAAAAUUUUCGAUAUCUGGUCUCCGUAGUACUUUUUAGAGGGGAAAUUGUGAUUAUACAGGUUUUCAAUGAAGAUAUUUCUUCUUGGGCCAUAGCAAAGACAAUAAAGAUCAUUCUCUUGCCAAAACUUUCUAUGACAUCUCUCCUUUGAACAAGACUGUAAAUGGCCAUUUCCUGUUUAGGCUUCAAUAUAAUUGCUCUGUUUUCCCGUCAGAUAUUCAAGAUCGACGACGCUCCGGUCAACGCUUCUUAAAUAUUUUGAUUUUCUUUUGCGAGAUGAUUUGUUCAGUCCCUCGAAACUAUCCCAUGAGAUAUUACCAAAAUAUUUGAUUGACGGGCGAACAUUCUGAACCAAUCGGAACGAUCCGUACGCUGGCGUAAGGACCGACUCAAAAAAGCCCCCCGUCAGUGUAGGCGGUUUUUCAAGUCAUGACGAGAUUCAUACGACUUUGAAAUUCACCACAGGGAGGAAGUUUCAAUUUCCGGUGUCCUUGUAAAAACCUAAUUAGGAUUCAAUUAAUAGCCACUAAUCUGUCAUGACUUGUGUACUUUGCGUCACUGAUGGAAAACGAGCAGAGACGAAAGACAGAUACUAUUUGUAUCACAAUGCGAUCUCGCACGAAUUUCAAAGCUGGCACGCUCGUCGAGAAAAGCAUCUUCAGUCUUUGGAUCCUCGCUUGCCAAAAAAAGGUAAUCUCGUACGCAGUAUCAGUGACCAAAUGGUUUUACCGACGGAUAUAAUUCAUGGCAAGUCAAAAUUUUAUGCUUUUUAUGUAGAGAUGAUGUUUGGAAGUAGCAGGGCCGAUUAUUUUUAGCUAUUUAUGAUUUGGUCGAUAGUACAGAUAGUACUAGCGCUCGAGUCAACCCAUCCAGGUUUGGUUUUUCAAAGAGGAAAGAUCAUGUUGUUGUCGUUUUAACGUUAGCACGAGCCUUUAACUUGCGCCGAUGAAAUGCCAACGAAAGCGAGUUUAAAGCGAUCAAAGAAGGACCAAAUUCCUUCCAGCUACUAGAAAAUAUAGCAGGAAGCGGCCAGACCGGGCAGCCAGAGAAGUCAGAGAAAGCGUUUCGUCGUGAGGAGAAGAUCUGGAAAAGGUAUUUGGUCGUGAAUUACUGAAUUGGGGGAAUUAAAAUGAGGGAUUCAUUCGAGAAGCGAUAUCCUAUGAUUCCCUGACGGUGGCAGAUGCCCAUGACCGUCAAGUCAGAAACUCGGGCAUUCACGUCGUUGUUGAUUAUGUAAGCUUAAAUGAUUUUUAUUAAGGGUCGCCGACUGGAUUUAGCCCGAACGGUGAUGCUCUUCAGCCCUUUUCAAUUUUCUAAACAUCGGCAGAAACUUGGUAAGUCUAUUUUAGGUUCCUUUGUAUCAUCUUCAAAUGGCUACCUAUUAUCAUUUUAGCGCAAAAACGUUUCAAGGUCGACACUGAUCACUCGAUCAUUUCAUAAAUUUUCAAUAACUGCUAAUGAUGUGAAAGUGUAAUGUUCAUGGAAAAUGUUGAUGGAGAUCACUGUUUCUUAAGCCUGAUCGCAAACAGUUUAAUUCAGUCAGAGUUCAGUUUUUAAGUGUGGAUCGUAGUGGAUAUUUUCAAUUUUAUCGAAUCCCUUUUAAGAAAAGAGGAAAAUUUAUUUUGCCAAGGCCAGUGGCUAUCAACUGUCGGUAAAAGUGAGUAAAAUUUCAUAAACCAAAUGUCCCGCAUUAAGUAAAACAGUUUGGCCUUGCUGAUGCAACAGAGCAGCUUAGCCUUUUUAGGCUGUGGCUCUGUGAGAAUUUUAUUCUCCGGGUGUCUCAGAGGGAACUAAAAACUCGCCUUUAGAUAUUGUUUGAAUCUCUGUCCAGCAUUAAGAAAAAAAGUUUGGCCUUCCUGAUGCAACAGAGCAGCUUAGCCUUUUUAGGCUGUGGCUCUGUGAGAAUUUUAUUCUCCGGGUGUCUCAGAGGGAACUAAAAACGCGCUUUUCAGAUAUUUUUUGAAUCCCCGUCUAGCAUUAAGUAAAACAGUUUGGCCUUCCUGAUUCAACAGAGCAGCUUAGCCUUUUUAGGCUGUGGCUCUGUGAGAAUUUUAUUCUCCGGGUGUCUCAGAGGGAACUAAAAACUCGCUUUUAGAUAUUGUUUGAAUCUCUGUCCAGCAUUAAGAAAAAAAGUUUGGCCUUCCUGAUGCAACAGAGCAGCUUAGCCUUUUUAGGCUGUGGCUCUGUGAGAAUUUUAUUCUCCGGUGUCUCACAGGGAACUAAAAACACGCUUUUCAGAUAUUUUUGAAUCCCCGUCUAGCAUUAAGUAAAACAGUUUGGCCUUCCUGAUUCAACAGAGCAGCUUAGCCUUUUUAGGCUGUGGCUCUGUGAGAAUUUUAUUCUCCGGGUGUCUCAGAGGGAACUAAAAACUCGCUUUUAGAUAUUGUUUGAAUCUCUGUCCAGCAUUAAGAAAAAAAAAGUUUGGCCUUCCUGAUGCAACAGAGCAGCUUAGCCUUUUUUAGGGCUGUGGCUCUGUGAGAAUUUUAUUCUCCGGGUGUCUCACAGGGAACUAAAAACGCGCUUUUCAGAUAUUUUUUGAAUCCCCGUCUAGCAUUAAGUAAAACAGUUUGGCCUUCCUGAUUCAACAGAGCAGCUUAGCCUUUUUAGGCUGUGGCUCUGUGAGAAUUUUAUUCUCCGGGUGUCUCACAGGGAACUAAAAACUCGCUUUUAGAUAUUGUUUGAAUCUCUGUCCAGCAUUAUAAUUAAGAAAAAAAGUUUGGCCUUCCUGAUUCAACAGAGCAGCUUAGCCUUUUUAGGCUGUGGCUCUGUGAGAAUUUUAUUCUCCGGGUGUCACAGAGGGAACUAAAAACUCGCCUUUAGAUAUUGUUUGAAUCUCUGUCCAGCAUUAAGAAAAAAAGUUUGGCCUUCCUGAUGCAACAGAGCAGCUUAGCCUUUUUAGGCUGUGGCUCUGUUAGAAUUUUAUUCUCCGGGUGUCUCACAGGGAACUAAAAACGCGCUUUUCAGAUAUUUUUUGAAUCCCCGUCUAGCAUUAAGUAAAACAGUUUGGCCUUCCUGAUUCAACAGAGCAGCUUAGCCUUUUUAGGCUGUGGCUCUGUGAGAAUUUUAUUCUCCGGGUGUCUCAGAGGGAACUAAAAACUCGCUUUUAGAUAUUGUUUGAAUCUCUGUCCAGCAUUAAGAAAAAAAGUUUGGCCUUCCUGAUGCAACAGAGCAGCUUAGCCUUUUUAGGCUGUGGCUCUGUGAGAAUUUUAUUCUCCGGGUGUCUCACAGGGAACUAAAAACGCGCUUUUCAGAUAUUUUUUGAAUCCCCGUCUAGCAUUAAGUAAAACAGUUUGGCCUUCCUGAUUCAACAGAGCAGCUUAGCCUUUUUAGGCUGUGGCUCUGUGAGAAUUUUAUUCUCCGGGUGUCUCACAGGGAACGAAAAACGCGCUUUUCAGAUAUUUUUUGAAUCCCCGUCUAGCAUUAAGUAAAACAGUUUGGCCUUCCUGUUUCAACAGAGCAGCUUAGCCUUUUUAGGCUGUGGCUCUGUGAGAAUUUUAUUCUCCGGGUGUCUCAGAGGGAACUACAAACUCGCCUUUAGAUAUUGUUUGAAUCUCUGUCCAGCAUUAUAAUUAAGAAAAAAAGUUUGGCCUUCCUGAUGCAACAGAGCAGCUUAGCCUUUUUAGGCUGUGGCUCUGUGAGAAUUUUAUUCUCCGGGUGUCUCACAGGGAACUAAAAACUCGCUUUUAGAUAUUGUUUGAAUCUCUGUCCAGCAUUAUAAUUAAGAAAAAAAGUUUGGCCUUCCUGAUUCAACAGAGCAGCUUAGCCUUUUUAGGCUGUGGCUCUGUGAGAAUUUUAUUCUCCGGGUGUCUCAGAGGGAACUAAAAACUCGCUUUUAGAUAUUGUUUGAAUCUCUGUCCAGCAUUAAGAAAAAAAGUUUGGCCUUCCUGAUGCAACAGAGCAGCUUAGCCUUUUUAGGCUGUGGCUCUGUGAGAAUUUUAUUCUCCGGGUGUCUCACAGGGAACUAAAAACACGCUUUUCAGAUAUUUUUUGAAUCCCCGUCUAGCAUUAAGUAAAACAGUUUGGCCUUCCUGAUUCAACAGAGCAACUUAGCCUUUUGAAUUUAUUCUCCGAGUGUCUCAGAGGGAACUAAAAACGCGCUUUUAGAUAUUGUUUUAAUCUCUGUCCAGCAUUAAGAAAAAAAGUCUGGCCUUCCUGAUUCAACAGAGCAGCUUAGCCUGUUUAGGCUGUGGCCCUGUGACAAUUUUAUUCGCCAGGUAUCUCAGAGGGAAGCUUUAUUUUUUAGACAUUAUUUAAAUAUUGCAAAAGUAAUGUUUUGCUUACGUUUGUAUUUAACCCCAUCCAGAUCCAGUGAGGCCUUUAAAACAGCGCGUCAAUUUUAAAAGUUUUUUGAUAAGGCAGUUUCUGUUUAGCGCUUAGUGUUAGUUCUGGCCUUGAAUGAAGAUUCCAUUAAAAAGCCUUGCGUUCAGACAUAAAAUUAGGGAGAUCUUGUAAGCAUGAAUUGAAAUAUAUGAAAUGCGGAUGAAGGUAUGAAAGUGAAAAUGAUCAUCGCAUUAAAUUCGCAGCCUAUUCGGGUGAAAAAUAACCUAAAAAAUUUUGCAGCGUUAUUGCAGAAAGUUAGAGGUAAUAUUAUUCAUUGUUGGGGAAAAUACUCCGCGGCUUUAAAUUAACAAUUUCCACGAUGUUUUAAUUCCGGUAGUGUAGUAGCCUUUUCGUUAAGGCAGCUUCUAAAACGCACUCGAGAAAACCGCACAGUCUCUGUGAACUCUCACUUUAACUUGCGAGAGAGGCAAAAAGAAAAUAGAGUGACAUUACUUUCAAACCAUUACGGGUUACCUUAGGCCGCGGUUUCAGAAAUCAUUGGACCUCCAGCCCUCUUUCUUGGUGGGUUAGUUUAAGAAAAUAGGUGCUUUAGUUUUCCAGUCUGCCUUAUGUGCUUUAUUGAAAUUAUUUACGAUAAAUGGGGUUUGACAAAAGCGUUGGUUAAACUGAAAAUGGCUUAAUUAUAACGCGAUUUUGUAAUAUACCGGCUAAAUAACUGGCCCUCAGUGUUUAAUAAAUACAAGUAAACAAAUUAUACAAUAGAAAAUUCCCCAGCAAGAAGUGCGUAAAAUCACUUUUCUCGAAGUACAAUAAAUUUUAAGAGAAGCCACUACAGAGGCAAAUGCAUUCCGGUUCGGCAGAAAGACUUCCAAUGCGGCUAAUUUGUAAUUGAGUUCUUUGUUGAACCGAAAUCUUGUUGACGUACAGGAAUUCAGUUGAUAUGAGAAUUUGUCACCUCGAAGCAAAUGAGCCGUAAAAAGUUGAUUACUUCUACAGAGCUCCCCUGCUGAUGUUCGCCUAUUGAAUAGGCGAACAUCAGCUGGGGUCUACGAUUUCAAACCUCUAUGAAUCUCGUCAUGCUCCCGGCCCAAUCUCCUCGCGGUUUCUGUGCCCUCGCCCGCCUUUAUUACUUAGCGCGCCCAACCAAAACCGCCACGCUACGCAGGCUAUACGUAAUUCGUCUCGAGUUAUUUUUAAGACCACAGAUCCCGAGGGGGAUUAGACAACAGCCAAUCACAUAGCGCGAAUGUGUUUCGCGUGGAUGACUCACGCUCAGAGCCACGCGUCCUAGCUUCACGAAUUGACGCUGAAAAAAAUGGCGGAAGACGCGGAGAUCGAUACUGCUAUUCGUUUUGUCGACGAAAACGACUAAAGCGAGAUUUCUGCUAAAGAUGUGUCAUCGAAACGGAAAAUUAAAAAAGAAUUGCCCUUCCCCUAAUAUAGAGCUAACAGUACAGCAGGGAAAUCCUUAACACACUGAAUAUUCACUCAGGAUCAUUUAUAAUUUACAGUUUGAAAAGAGCAAUUUCUGGUUUGAUAUUUAUUCUUUUAUUAGUCUUUGAUUAUUCAACAAAAAUAACACUUGGCGUCCUACUUGCUUUAUUGUACAAACGACCGGUUUCAACAGACCGGCGAAAUUUCUCAUUUUAUUAAAGCAAAGCAAGAGAGAAUGAUUUCUUGAGCAAAGAGGUUACGACAACUUCGAGUUAAACUGAUUUCACGGGUUGUCAAAGAGUCCAGCGAUUCCCUUUUCUCAGGCAAGCGCCGACUCAUUUCGCUUAUAUUUUUUUUUCGCAAUAUUUUUUUUUCAGGCUUCUUCUUUCCAAUUGCUUAAACUGGAAAAUUUACUGCGAUGAUCAUCCUUCACCUUCAUAUUCAGAAAUGCUCUCGAUCUCUUUACGCUUUCAUUGUCUUUCGCCCGACAUGUUUUGCACGGCGUUUAGUCAUGCGAAACCUCCACGAAACAUCCAUUCUAAAAAUAACUCGAGACAAAUAACCUAUGGAAUAGGGUGUGUAUGGGGGAUGCCUUCUCUGUCCCCUUUAUCCUCUCUUGAUAUAAUUCAAUGUCUUAUUGUCAUCCCCUUAGAAAUGAAUUCUCCCUUAGCAGUAGAUGAGUCAGGGGAAUCAAGAACAAAAGCAACGCCAAGAAACCGGAGACAAGUGUUGAACGCCACUUCAGCUGGCAUCAGUAUACAUGACGUGCGAAAAGAAAUCAGCAAACAGUUUGAACAACUUAUGCCCACCAAGUACUGUAAGUCAAGUGAGAAGGUAUGCCUUGUGGGUCCCCCCGGACUCCCUGGUCCCACUGGGGUGAGGGGACCACGUGGCAGGAGGGGGCCAAAAGGAAAGAAAGGUCCUCAAGGUCUUAAGGGACCAUCUGGUAAAUCUGGACAGAGAGGGAUGACAGGUCCUGCCGGACUAAGAGGGGAAAAGGGAGACAAGGGUGAACCUGGGCCCAAAGCCGUUCAGGGACCACCCGGAAGGCCUGGAAAAACAGGAAUGACCGGAUUAACAGGACCGAGAGGAGACAAGGGAGACAAGGGAGGGCCUGGGCCAAAGGGUAUGCCAGGGCCACCUGGAAGGACUGGACAAACAGGAAUGACCGGAUUAACAGGACCGAGAGGAGCCAAGGGAGACAAGGGAGGGCCUGGGCCAAAGGGUAUGCCAGGGCCACCUGGAAGAACUGGAAAAAGAGGAAUGACCGGAUUAACAGGACCGAGAGGAGACAAGGGAGACAAGGGAGGACUUGGGACAAAAGGCAUGCCGGGACCAUCUGGAAGGCCUGGAGAAUCGAUAUCUACUCCACAACUGAUUAUAUCACCUACAGAUCAGACUAAAGAUGAAGGAUCAAAUUCGGUGAUUUAUUGCACGGUCAGAGGAAAUCCUACUCCUGGUGUCGAAUGGCGAUUCAAGAGCAGGAAGCUUUAUUCGGGUGCAAAAUAUUUGGUUAAAGAAGGGGAACUGGUCGUGAGGAAUCUAAAUUACGGCGAUGCUGGGCAGUACAUUUGUAUCGCGAGAAAUAUUCUUGGAACGUCUGAGGCGUCUGGUAAUUUGAAGGUUCGAGGUAAAAAGAACAAUAAGCUUUACUAAAUUGAAACUCUUUUGCAAGGCCGCUGAUGAGCCAUCAGAAUUUUAUCUUACCAACGUCAGGGGUAGGCCAUGUUGUUUCAUUGCUUUUAAGGGGGUAUGAAGUCCAGGGUGAUGAUCUUCACUAUAAAAAGUGUGGUGGGUUACAUGAGAGGCUAAGGCUACAAAAGAAUUCUGCCCUGGAGAGAUUCUUAUCUUGUACAUUACUUAUCACCGCCUGUCAGGAAACAAUUAAUGUUAAUGAACUCCUUAUUCUCUCAGUAUCUGGUUUCACUUUCCGGGAGUGUGCGAUGAACGUAAGCAACGGGUGACUCAACGCGGGUGACUCGACGAGGGUGACUCGACGAGGGUAAUUCGACGAGGGUGACUCGACGAGGACCACUCAACGUGUCUCAUGGAGUAAUUCUCGCCAAGUAAUGGUGGCUCAUCGAGUCAUCCUCGGCGAGUCAUCCUGUGUUAUAGAGUAAUCCUCGUAAGGUCAUAAAGUGAAGUCGAGACGUCCUCGUCGAGUCUUGAGGAGCCUUCGCGUGUAUUUAUUUAUUUUUGAGCGUCGGUAGAAAGAUGACUCCAUUCCCAGAAACGGUGAGUGAUCCGAAUUUAACCCUCGUAGGAUAUCCAUCAGAACGUAGCUCAAACCCAGGGGGGGUACUCUGGAUUUCAAGUGACAGGGAUGAUCGAAUGGGGGCAAAAAUCAAAACCCCCCCAAAAUCCCUGGACCAAAACUUAACCCCCCCCCCCCCAUAUCCCCCACUAUCACGAAUCCUCAGAUUGUUUAGAAUAUCCAAAAAAAUCACUACUUAAAUCAAGCUACCGAAAAAAUACUUCCCAAAAUCUUCCUACAAAACAUCUCUAAGUCGAAAAUUUCAAACCCAAAAAAAUCCUCGGAUCAUCUCUUUGACUUGAAAUCCGGAGCACCCCCCCCAUCCGCACCCCGCCCCGGAGCUCAAGCUUUAUUUGUCAAGUCAGCCAGUUAAAUAAGAGAUUUUAGGAAUAUGUGUUACAAUGAAGGUGCUAUCAUUAAAUGAUUUCGUUUUCUUUCUCUCCAACUUCUCUACUCUUAUCAUUUUUCCCUCAGGAACCGAUUAAUGAGCUCGUUUCUUUCUAUACCUUUGUUCUAAUAAUACAGUCUAUCAUUAACUAGCGAGGGAGGGGGGCUUAUUAACUUUAUCCCCCUGAAAAGGGAGGGAAGGCUUAUUAGACGAUUUACGGUAUUUGUUCAUACACCACCCUAAGCUACACCCUGUAUCGAUAAGAAUUUUGACGUUCCGUACUAAACACACUGGAUGAUACCAGAAUCUGCAAUUUACAUACCCAAACAAAACGACCAGUAUCCCCGCCUCCUUGAUAUAGUUCUUUAGCUCAACUUGUCAGACUCGUGCGAGUCGUGAAACUAGUCAGCUGGGCAGGCAUAUAUCGCACCAUUAUUCGUACGAGUUGCACUACUUGAAUGCCAUUUUUACGACUUACACAUGUGGUGUGUACUGGACGCGAGAAAACUCACAUAGAUAUUUCUCUUCAAGUGAGUACCGCCCAUGCUGCGUAGUUUCAAUUGGAAGACCGGUAAAAACUAUAGCUUUUUCAAGCCACAUCAUAUUGAUUCUUCGUCUCUUAGGUCUUCCGAUCUUAACCAAAAAACCCUCAUCACUGGUCUCAAAAAUGGAAUCUGCAACAAUACAAGAAACUUGCCAGGCAGAAGGGUAUCCAGCUCCCAAGUUGACCUGGAUCAGACUUGUUAUGCCUUUACCUGCUGGAAAGACCGAAGUUAAGGAAGGUAAACUAACUAUCAGGAAUUUACGACCAGUGGACAGUGGUUUGUACCAAUGCGUAGCAACAAACAGCUUAGGAACCAAGAAGGCCACUAUGAACUUGGUUGUGCAACGUAGACGAGGUUUGUAUAGCGCACGUUAUGCCUACCUUAUAUAUUAUGGUCAGUAAAAAUGUAAAACAAUUCUACUGAAACAUUACAACUUCACCAUGUUUAGACAGACAAAUUAGACUUAAAUGUCUACGCUUGCAAAACUGAAAUUAACUGAUGUAUUCAAAACACUAAGAUGCCCUUAAAUUUGCUACUGGGUCUCCAGGUGUACAAUUGCAGUUGCUGGUGUGUAGGUGCAGUAUCCGACAGAUGACGUCUUUUUUGACCUGCAGGUGCAGGUGUGCAGUAUAGUUUCCAAUGACGUCAUUUUUGUCUCAUACCCUCAUAUCUGGAGAAACUAAACUCUAACUCUAAAAGGUAUGCAAGAUGGCUUAAAUAGAUUUCUCAAGUUUUUGUGCUAAAACGCUCGUUCGUUUGCUUCAUAGUCGUAUUUCGAGAGAGGAGAACACUACUGAGUAAUAACCCGAUUUUCAAGGUUUUUCUCGUUAUAUACUCAGCACUGUAAACGAGUUAACGCUUACCCCUCACUCUCUUCCCGCGCACCGUUUCUGACGCCUUAAAAUGUGUGUUAUCAUCAAAGUCGAGGUUGUUAUUAAAUCCCGCCCAUCUUUUGUUUUCAGUUCUUGUUUUCUCUGAUAACAAAAAUAAUAUUGAACGGACUAAAACUUUAUUCCCUGGUUCUAGUGUUAAUGAUAAUGAUGAUGUCUUUAUUUUGGUUUCUUUCAUAAGUAUUGCCAUUCUGUUCUUAGUUAUCGCCUUCUCCCAAAUUAACUUAUGCCAAACCAGCAGCAAGCAAGAAAGCCAGAAAAAAUAAAUUCAUCUUGUCGAGCGCUCGCGAUCUGCAAACUUCAAACAUCAUUUUCACCGUUGGUGCAAACAGAUAACCAUGUGGUGCAAAAGUUUGAUGCUAGAAAAAUGUAUCAGAAAAAUAUAUCAUAUUAUAAGUAAUUUUUUUCGCCCUCUUUUUUUGUCUUUUUCUCCCUUUUUACUUUUAAACUUGGCGCGACGGUUAUGCUUACGCAAUUGGUUAAAAUACUAGACCGGAAAUAAAAAGCUGACCGGAUGUUAAAUUUUGUGCUCAUGCGCGGUGCGUUGUUCCGCGGUGUUCACUCUACUACGAGUUUUAGCGCGAAUGUCGAACUGGCGGAAACAAGAUAUCAAAUGUUAGAAGUUUGAUCAUUUUGCGAUCGGAAGAGGGCGUAACCUCCUUCGCUAAAGAUAACAGUGCUAAUUUUUCUAGGGAAAAAUGGUAAAAUGAAGUUCCCGGGUAGUCUAUAUAUUGAGAAUACGUGAAAAAACUCAAAUCUCGUACUCGUAGUUGUUCUCGUCCUCGAAUCUAAAGGUCUCUAUUUAUUCUUUGGGUAACGGGUAACCUUCAUAUUUAAUAUAGACUUUCAGGGUAUCUCUUAGAAUCCUCGGACCUAAGCUUUGUGUGACAGAGUCACUUUUAUAGUUCCUUAAGAGACUUAUACAUCGUUUUAUUAUGUUUUUAGUUACACAGUUGUAGGUUUUUUUUUAUUCUUUUGGCUUAUUUUGCAAUUCUGUAGACGUUAGUAGAUCGGUUUCCGCUUACUGUCUAGAAAGGUCACCAUUCCUAUUGUUUAGUCAAAUUCCCUGUUCAGUUACUAGGUUUAAUCACAUAUUUUUGUAGUUUUACUUACUUAUCUUUUAGAUAUGUUUAGGAUUGGUAUUUUCUUAGGUUUAUUUUUCCUUUGCGUAGUUUUUGCUAUCGUGUUUUAUCGUUUCUCUUUUCAACACCUAUUAUUUGCACGUGACUUGGGCAUUUCUUUUAAUCCCUUCUAAUCAGGAUGUGAUGUAUCUGUUUUAUGCUUUUGACUCGUUUCCUGUCACAUAAGUAUCUGUUUACUUGCGUAUAAAUACGGCUACUUAUGUCUAGUUUCCUCGAGUUGAGUUAGCUCUGCUAAUAUAUAGAUUUAGCCAGGGCUAAAAGUUAAGCUCUCGACAAUAUUUAUAAUUUGUUCAAACGAAAUGUAAAAUCAUGUAAUGCUAAGCGGCGAAGGCAUGCAACGCCGGAAAACGGUGAAAAACAACAAUAGGUCUAAUUAGCAAAAAAGCAACUUUGCAAGUGCAGCACACCUUUUUUGUAGAUUUCUUUGCCGUUGUUUUGCACGACUACAACGUGAAACUUACAGAGACUGUUUCUUAUGGAGGAAAUACCGUACGUGUUAUCGUUCACUUUGUUCACUGCGCUCAUUUUCUCCUUGCAUUGGUGGUAUCUAGCAUUUCUCAUUUUGUCUCCGCCACUCAAAAUUUUCUUGUUGUUCUUCCAACAAAAAAAUGUCUCCUUUGCUUUUUAUCUCUCGCUCUAGAUCUUUGUCGCCCUUUUUCUUGUUGAGUUCGUUGGCCUGUCGCUUUUUCUCUUUUUCUCUGUCUUUAUCUUGCUCGAGAGCAUGACAAUUAAUCUAAGCUUAAUACUUUAGAAAAACACGGAUACAGAAACAAUUUCCGCUUUCCAGUUUCGUCUUUUUGACCCUUUAGCUGCCUCUCCUUUUCAAGACGCGGGUAACUAUGCGAUUUCCCGCCAAAAUAACCUCGAGUUGCAAUUGGGUUGCCACACCUGUUGAUUGAGUUAUUUAACAUUGGUAUGCCUGUGGUACGGACGGACGGUCGGGUGUACGGUCACGUGAUUACCAAAUUUUCUCGGAUGGGUAGAUUACCACAUUUUCUUACCCAUGGUGCUCCGCUGUCUUGACCUGUGGUAAUUUUUGUGUAACAUUUCCUUAUUUCGUUGUUUCAUUCUCGCGCUGUAUUAAUAUAUUUCAUUUUUUAUUAGCUUUUACUUCGUUUUGUCGUUAGUUUUGUUUGUAAUUAGGUUUUCGUUUUUCUUUUGUAUCAAACAUUCAUUUAAGCCCACUCCUUGCAUUCAAAGGAUUCAUGUCGUUGUGCCACUGCUCUUUGGCCUCCGGCCGUUGGAGGCUUUGAACCGCUCGCCCCGCUCGGUUACAUUUGGCAAUGUUUGAGCGUAUCGAUACCAGUUUUUAGUUCCGUGUAAAGGAAUGUGAAACUGCAAUAAGUGAAGAACUCUCGUGGCCAGAAAUAUCAACACCACAAACCAAAUCCACUGAACAAAUGAAGGUUAUUUUAUUUGAUUCAGUGAGGUGCGUGGCUAAAAUUUGCCUGGUAAAAAAGAAUUACAUGUUGCUGCAACCGAAAAUUUGGCAUAAAGCAACAACAAAACUGCGUACAAAGCGAACACUGUACAAUGUGAAACACACUUACAUUGUUACGGCCAAGAAAGACUGCUGCGUUAGCGGACUGCGUAAAACGCCAAGAAACGUAGAAAAGCAUUGAAAAGAACUGCGCUUAACGCAGACCAAAACAAAACUGAACUGCGGUGAAAAAUAUGGUUGCAUCAUGGUUGAAUGUACAGAAAACAAAAGUGACGAAAAGACUCUAAUGAAGAUGAAAAAGAUACAAAGAGAUGCUAACGAAGGCGCGAAAAGUGACACAAACAACUAAACACCUAAACUCAUGUAAAGAAACUGAAAAAACGGAUUGAGUGAACUACAAUUAACUAAGCUUCAUUAAACGUACGGGAUAAAGAAAGGAAUUUUGAAAAAUUGUUACACUUUGAUCUAAAAGAAUGUGACAUGAAAAUUACGUCAUCGCACACUGCACCUCUAAACUUGUUGCACUUACACCUGCAGUCACAACUGUGUACCGGCAAAUUACAGCCUCCUUAUGUCCCUUGUUUCUUUAGUUCUCAUUAAGUAAACUUAGAAGGUUUGUAACAGAGCAUGUUAUCUACCACAAGAAGAUGCGGCAAUGCUGAAUCAGCAUACAUCCAUCUUGCAAAGUACGUAUGUACCAGAGACUGUCAACAAUAUGAGGAAGCAUAAAAUUAGUCCAAUAAAGGCCACAAAGAUUUGUUCGUGCAACGACGAUCUGUUUUGUAAAGCAAGGAUAUCGAUUGGUGCUCCUUCACUCCCAGUGAGCAGAUUCAACAGACCUUGGCAAAGUAAUUUAGACAACGUACAAAAAAUGGUUCCUUAAGGCUGAAAACCUGAGUCUCUCUACCCUUUCUUUCGCUCAGCUAUCGAAAAAGCAACAACACCAACAAACAAACAAACAUUAGGAAUAGUUGGGCACGUGACUAAAUAAUUGUUUUUCCUCCUAGCUAACUGUGACUGCUGGCGCAGCCGGUCCAGAAGUCCUAGCAGAGUCUGGGGAUACUCUAAUGAUCCCAGUGACAGUGGAAACGUUGACGCCAUCGAUUUCCAAACAAAUCGUGACGUCAUUUUGUCAGGUUACCGUCUGUGGGGAGUCAAGAGCGGUUCAACUAGUUUCCAGGUGACCAUUCGCUUGUACCGUGGAAGCAACUUGAUCGCAGAAAAGACUGGGUCCUAUGCUACCAGUUCCAGUGUCAAGACAUUUGAGGUGCAUUUUUCCCAAGUGAUUUCGAUCCGCACUGGUGUCACAUACACUGCAACAGCUAGAAUAGUUACAAGUGCUUUAUCUUUUGCUCACACGGAUGGCGUGGCAAGUGCCUCGUGUUCUGGGGUCACAGUAAACUUCAAGUCUAAAUCCUCAAAAAGCUCAAACGGUUCUUGGCAGUCGGAAGGUCAAAUACCAGUUUUAAUUUUUCGUUUCUCUCAAUGCUAAAAAGCGGAAUAGUUAUGCCAUAAAAGAAGGGAGGAAUUCUUAAAUUUUGUAAAGCAGUGGGGAAUAAUGACUGUGAAAACGAUGAUAAUAUAGUGGCCUUGCAAUACUGUCCUCAUAUUUGACAACUUAACGCAAGUUGAUUUAGGCUAUGUUCACAAUAUACCGGAUGGCUUUUUGUGCCAACACCAAAGGCUAUCCGGUAUAGUAUGAACAGCAAUGACACAGAACUGGAACAAGUCCUUCACACACAUUGAACCUCAAGCUCGUGCUGGAGCGGUUGGCCGAGAGGGUUGUUGUGAACUAAAUCCCAGUCUUUACUCUAUUUACUUCCGUCUCAGUGGGUUGCAGCCCUCGUUCCUACUUAUUCACUUCGGCUAUUGUUUGGAUACUUGUUCACACUGCACCUUUGUGUGGCACAGAACCUAUACGAUAUGAAACGCUCCAUUUUCGAGAUAGGCGCGGCGCAACUUCUGUCCGUUACAGAAAUCGCGCCGACAGUAAUGUUCUAGGUGUGAAAAGAAACCCUAUCCAGUGCAAGAGCUAUCUUGUAUAGUGUGAACAUAUUCUUCAGAAGUAACCGACUCGCGAUCACAGCCGGUUUUAGCUGUGAUGGGUUACUUGAUCUACGAUGUAAAACAUUGACGGAUUUGGCGCAUUUAAAAAUUGGUACUUUUUUGAUGAACAAAUUUUUGUAAUAAACUAAAAUGGCCUCCUUGUUCUGUCUACUCCAGGCCCCAGUUGUUUAGCCUGCGUAGAAGGCGAAAUGGGUAGGGGCCGGAUUGGAGUGAAGAAAAAAAGGGAGGUGGGUUGGGAAGAGAGGGUAGAGAGUCCCUUUUCCCCUUUGCGAUUGUCUCCCUCUCCGCCUCCCCCUCCCCUUUUUGAGCCUGCUUUACAGGCUACAGUUGUUCAAUAUUCAAAAGACGGGAAUUGCUAUCCUACCAAUAAAUUAAAAAAAGGCCUAUAGAUUCCAGGACGAGGACGAAUAUGACGACGAGAUUUGAUUUUGUACGUUUACAGGCCCCCUGGAAACCUGCAUUUAACCUUAUUUCACCUUAUCACGGUUAUUUUUAUUGAAGGAGCUUAAGCGUUCUCCUGAUUGCAGAGUGACCUCGAAAAUUAGCCUUGAUAUCUCAGACUUAGAUGACACCACCCUAACAAGGACAAAUUCGUUUAUUCCAAACGGUAGAAAUCCACAAUUCUUUAGAUUUUGCAAUUCCGGGUAAUCCGUCAUAGCAAGGAAAGAUAGAAAUUCAGUGUUUUCAAUGUUACGCUUGACUAUAGACAGAGGGAUUGGGCGGGUGUGCAAUUUAAUUAACAGUAGACUGUUCACAGUCCUCUAUUUUUCCGUAAGAUCGUCGAGAUCGAACGCUUUGCGUUACGGGCUACCAUCUUGCAUGAGUGUCAAAACUCCCCCUAAAGCUAUAUAUAACCCCCCGACGCCCGCUCCCUCGGUACAUUUGAAAAUCAAGAUGGCCGCCAUUGACUAUAAGAAGCACUAUAUCUCGACGAUCUCACGAAAAACUGGAGGACUGUGAACAGUCUAAAUUAACAGAAACUCAGGCCCCGAAACUACACUUAACUAAUGUUCUUGUAUUUAAUUAGUUAACCUGUUAUGUCUUCUUGGUUUGCAACAGGCAAACAACGUUAAUCUACAACCCCUUGUUAGCUUAAUAAGUGCAGGAUUUUGGCUGUUUGAUUAACGCUGCAGUCAAAUCCCAGUCAGAAAGUUAGGCGAUGGCCUUUUAGCUUCUUUUGUUAAUUUGUUUUCAAAAUUAAAUUGUAAAUUGUAAACUGAAGGCGUAAAAGUAAUUGAAAGGGGACAAAAAUUAAAAUUGUGCUUUCUGCAUUUGAGUCCAAAUUGCAAGAAAUUUGGACGGGGUAUUCUGAAGCGUGGUUAAGACUCUAACAACACAGUAGUGCAGAAGUUAUUAAUAUGUUUUAAAUAAUUCCAGCGGGAAAGGGGAAGGUUUUAGGCUAACCACAUAGAUAAAUGAAAAGUUGGAGGUCAACAUUUGGAGGAGUACACCUCUUUAAUUACAGUUACGAUACAUGAUUGUUCUCCGUUUAAGUCACCCUUUCCUUGUGGUAGCAAUCCGGUAUCACAGUGAUAUGGGCAACCCCGCGUUUUGGGCAUCCCCAUUCCCAAAAUCCUAGUAAUAUGGGCAUCCCCUUCUCAUAUUACUUCAGCGAUUUAGGUUAGGGUCAUGGUUACAGGGGAUGCCCAUAUCACUAGGGUUUUGGGAAUGGGGAUGCCCAAAACGCGUGGAUGCUCAUAUCACUUUGACAUCGGCACUUUAAAAACCAGAAGGAAACUGGGUCGAGUUAACUUUCCAAAGACUUCUGGGACGGUUACUUGGGAAAGAGAAAAAUAUUGACCAACAGAGAACUUAAGCAAAGGCGUUUUUGAGCAACACACGUCAACCGGAAGUGGACUUUUAACAUUCCUGAGCAGUAGUCUUGUCCAGAUUUUCAGUUAAAUCGUCUCUACGAGUAUAAAGAAACUAAGUAAUCCAAAUUUUAUAGCGUCAAGGCAUAGUCCUCACUUACGGUUGGCGUGCAAAACGCCUGCUAAAGCUCCCUAAAAACUGCCCCGUGCGUCCCCAGUAGCAAUCCCAGAAACAAUUGCGGGACAAUUUCGGCACCAGUUUGCUUCUCGUUUCUAAAUCGGCGAAAGCGUGACAACACAUGUAACGCAAGGUUGACUAUUACCAGAAUGUGGUGAAACUAUUUAUACUAUCCAUAGUAUUUUCUAAGUUGUAAUUGAUUCUCACGCUGUCACGUUUCUGUUAUACCAAACAUUCACAUUCUUUGUCCUCUUGUGAAUUAAUUCUCACUGUUUUGUUAAAAUUAAAUCACAGUAAUCAACUGCCUUAUCUAUGUCCGCUUUAAUUUAGCAAUAUACUGACGUUAGUUCGGAGUCAUUUUCUUGUUAAACACUCUUGUUGAAAGCAUUUAGCCAAUCUCAGCAAACCUCUUCCUGUAUUCCCCAUCCAGUUGCCUGCGGGGAGCAGACACUUUUUUCGGCUCUUGCUUUACCCGCCGAGAAAAUAGUAGCCUGCGUAACAGGCGUCGAAAGGGGUAGGGAUAGGGAGAAAGGGAAAAAGAGAGAGGGAUUGGGGAGAGAGGGUAAGCUCCCUUUCCUUUUCCUCUCUUUCGCGCUUUUCUCCCUUCCCCCUCCCCCUCCCGUUUUUGCGCCUGCCACGCUGGCUAAGAAAAUAGCUAUUUGUGCUCCCCCCAGGUUACCAUUUCUGAUACUAUAAAGGAAAUGGAUACAAACAUUCGGCGCAACGAUUUCUCGGAUCUUUUAGGGAACUCAAAAGUUACCUUUGAUUUCUUGAAUACCGUCGACCAAUCUUAACUACCGCUUGUCCACCAAGAAAACCCAAAAAUCACUGCGCCAAAAAUUACUGCGCCAAAAGCUAGUACCCAUUCUUCCUAGAGUUUCUGAAGUAGGGAAUUGGUUCUGCGAGUAGAAUGAAUUAUUUUUCUCUGAAAUUGGGAAAGUUUUCAUAAAGGUUGCCGCACUGAUACCACAUACAUUUUUCAAGAGUAAUCCUUCUGGUCAGUCAACAGUCCUUACGCAAACUAUACCACCAAGCCUCGUUUGUAAACGAUAUUCUUUCUGUUGACACUUUCUGUGCAUGUAUAUUCUUUUCGACCCCAGUAUUUAUGUGAACCGUCGCAAACUUGCACUGAAUUUCAGAACUAGCCUUGGUUGUGUGAAAUUUGCUGGUCUGCGUAAACAUACACAAGGGCUAUUUUUUAUUGACCUUGUGGAAUACUAAGCGCAAGUGUUACAAAAGGUUAUGAAGGACGAAUAAGAAUGUGUUUGUUUCCUUUCAAACGACAAUAAAAAAUAACUCAACGAGGGAGAUUGUGAAAAAUAAAAGCAACUGGCAGAAUACACCGAGAAUAAUUCCAUGGGCAUCUUGAUAUGACACUAGAACCAGGCGCAGGACUUCAGGAAAUCCUUGAAUUGAGGAAUUGUAAAAUGCUUCCUUGUGUAACAAAGAUAUCCAAAUAAUUUACACCUCUGUUUAUCCAGGCUGGAAUUUACAGGAUCAAAUUAUUCUGUCAAUUUUCCUUUGCCUUUCGUCUUCCUGUGUGUCUGAGGUCUUUGAGAGCAAACGAUCGUGAAGUUGCACUGCAUGAAAAUGGCUUCGGUUAACUCUUCGAAGUCACAUCGACUCCUUGAUUUUCUCCCUUCAAUUAGGCCAUCUUUUCUUUCGGUGGUGCUACUUUUUGCUUGUGGAUGUCUCUGGAUGAAGAAUGAAACAACCAACGGGCGACUCACCGCGCUGGAAACGCGUAUCAACAUGUUCCCACUGGAAGUUAUUGUUAAGAAUGGCCGUUCAACGGAAAACAGUGUUAAAAGAACGACGCUAAAGCCACAAGAAGAAUCUGCGCGACAUCUCUUAAGAAAAAUUCGAAGAGAAAUGAAGUUCGACGAUACUUCAGGUUAGGAUCAAGACAGUACAAAAACAUUUACAGUCCCUCAAUUUUUUAAGGUCAGCUUAUUGGUGAGGGGCGGGGGGGGGGGGCGAAUAUUUUCCUUAUUUUGUGAAAUUUUGUGCUUGCUGUAACCAGAAAUUUCGUACAUGUUCUUUUAUGAUGUGACUGUUGAGAACAGUUUUUCAGACUGAGGGGGGAAGGGCAAGUCAUAAUAACAUUACUCCGACGUAGGUUCACCUUAACUAAACGUGAGACUCGAAGGACCCAAAAACUUUUGGUUCAUUUUUGUUUAAUAUAGAUACCUUCCACUACUCUACCUAAAUAAUACGUCGACUAGUGAUAGCUCGAACAUUCAAGGGAAAUCGAAAAAAGUUCGAGUUAUCGGGAGCUGGAAGAAAGUAGCCGGAAGUAAGGUAAAAACAGUUGUACUGUACAGUGAACAUUUUAAUCACAUUUUAUAUAUGUUAAGUGAAAAUUGAAAGAUUUUUUUAGGCUAUACAUAAAUUAGAGCGUGACGUAACCAAACAUAGCCUAAAUAGAGCAUGCGUUCUACUGAUUUGAGAAGAAAAGCUGAUUCACGUUAGAUUUAUGACAAAGAGCAUCAGCCUCCACUAGUAAACUGUAUGUCUACAACACGUCAAUGGGACUUCAAAAUUCAAUGUUUCGGAAGCCAGUACUCUGUUUUUUUCUACUUUUUAAGCGCUCAGAGUUAUCGAGGGUAAAAUUAUAUAGAAAUGAUCUGAGGGGAAACAAAAUUCGAGUUAACGAGAGAUUCGAGUUAUCGAAGGUUCGGGUUACCGAGGGAAAAUUACAGUAAAUGAAUGAAGGAAAUCCAGGGGAAAUCGAUUUGGCUUCGAGUUAGCGCGUGGUUAGAGUUACCGAGGGUUCGAGUUAUCGGGAGUCAACGUACCGUUAAGUACUUCCAUUCUAUGAUACAAUGUUUUACUUUUGCCGUUGUAAAGGGAAGGCCGCAACGGAAAUUAAAUUCAAGUGAUUGCACCUUUAAAAGCCUUGGGCCAAUCGUUUCAAGAUGAAAAUAACUGAUCAUGUGAUGAUAAAGGAAAAAAGAGUGCAUGUUAAUUUUUAUAGUUUUAAUUUCCGCAUACUUUGAACUAGAAAUGUGGAAGUUACAAAAAGAGUCUGUGAAUGCGGAAUUAAAUUCCAUGUAGAGAAAGUCCUAUCCCACACGGUAGUUGAAAGCUGAUACAAUCGCAGUCACACUGACAGUCACAGAUAUAUAUUGUGUAAAUAUAAUAAAAAAUCAGUUUUAGUAGCGAGCUGUAUAGCAGGCUUUAUCUUGGCUAAGCAGGACCUCGAAAGGGCAGUAAAAUGCUUUUGAUACCGUGGCUUGGUCUUAAAAUGUUUUAAUUGUACUUUAAGAAAACCGAGAAACCUCAAAGGGCUAAACAAUGAAACAGCACGAAGAAUGGCAACUCAAAACAAGCUACGCUUAAACUUAGCAGCUGUGUUUUUCCUAAAAUAAAUUUCCGCUUUAAAAUCCGUAAAAAUUCAUUCAACAAAAUGCGAAACAAAUCACCACAAACAUUAUUUUUCCUACGGAAGCCUCGUCAAUUUUUGCAUCCGGGGACUUUUAUGUAAAACUGUCAAUCAUGAACAUUAAUAGCCUGCGUGACAGACGUUUGACAAGGAAAGGAAAGUGGGUUUUGGGCACGAGAGAAUGCCACGCAGGCUAGAACAUUAAGUGCGAACUUAACUUCUCGUGUUAUUUUGCACUCUAGUUAAAUGGGAAAUAAAAAUUAUAUAUACCCUGAAAAAGCUGUUUUCAAAACAAUUCCCACUGAAACGAACCUUCUAAAGCUAGCAUAUCAGUAAUCAAAGUAACAGAGUCAAGAUGAGCAAAUAAACAUUAAAGGGGUUCUUACAUGAGAACUUCAAUGCACAAUAUCAAAUACGUUUCAGUCCUAAAAUUGAUUUUCCCUUGGGCUUAGAUGAGUCUGGAGCAUCAAGAACAAGCGCAAAGUCAAGAAACCGGAGACAGGUUUCGAACUUGACUUCAGCAACCAUCAGUAUGCAUGACGUGCGUCAAGAAAUCACCAAACAGUUUGCACAACUUAUGCCCUCCAAGUACUGUAAGUCACGAGAGAGGGUAUGCCCUGCAGGUCCCCCCGGACUUCCUGGUCCCAUUGGUGCACAAGGACCACGUGGCAGGAGGGGAUCUAGGGGAAAGAAAGGUAACCCAGGUAGCUUUGGACCACCUGGAAAAUCAGGAAUGGCUGGAAUUCCAGGAUCUAGGGGAGAAAAGGGUGACAAAGGCGAACCAGGAAUUCCAGGACCACCUGGGAGGCCUGGAGAAUCGAUAUCUGCUCCACAAAUAACGGUAUCACCUGCAAAUCACUCGAGAGAUGAAGGAAGAAAUACUACGAUUUAUUGUGCGGUUGGCGGAAACCCUACUCCUACUGUCGAAUGGCGAUUCAAGGGCAGAAAGCUUCUGUCGGGAGAAAAGUAUUUGGUUAUAAAAGCAGAGCUGAUCAUCAGGAAUCUGAAUUACAGCGAUGCUGGGCAGUACAAAUGUGCAGCAAGAAACAUUCUUGGAUCGUCUGAGGCGUCUGGUGAUUUAAAGGUUCGAGGUAAAAAGAUCAAUAAGCUUUACUAAAUUGAAAACCCUUUUGCAAGGCCGCUGAUGAGCCAUCAGAAUUAUAUCUUACCAACGUCAGGGGUGGGCCAUGUUUCCUGUCUGAUUACUUAUCUUAUUAAACGUGUUUUCCAUAGGAUUCUGUUACGUUGCUACCGAGGGGGCAUGAAGUCCAGGAGGGCGACUGUCACUAGAAAAACGGCGAUGGUGUGUUACAUUGGAGGCUUAGGCUACAAAAGAAUUCUGACUAGGAGGUCUUCUAAUCUUGUUCAAUACUUAUCACCGUUUGCCAGGAAACAAUCAAAGAACCCCCUCUUCUCUCAGUAUCCAGUUUCACUUUCCAAGGGUGCUAGAAUUAAACCCUCGCAACUCUCGCCGGAGAUCCAUCAGAACGUAGCUCAAGCUUUAUUUGUCAAGCCAGCCAGUGAAGAUGCUGUCAUUGAAUGAUUUUUUCCCUCCCGCUUCUCUACUCUCAUUAUUUUUCCUCAGGAACCGAUUUAUCGCUCCUUGCUUUCUACGCCUUUGAUUAAUACAAUCCAUAAUUUAUUAGUGAACAAUAAUAAGGGGGAGGGGCUACACCCUGUACAGAUAAAAAUUUUGACGUUCCGAACUAAACACACUGGAUGAUACCAGAAUCUGCAAUUUACAUACCCAACCAAAACGACGAGUAUCCCCGCCCCUUUGAUAUGCUUCUUUAGUUCAACUUGUUGGACUCGUGCGAGUAGUGAAACUAGUUAGCUGGCGUAUAUCGCACCAUUAUUCGUACGAGUUGCACCACUUGAAUAUCAUUUUUACGACUUACACAUGUGGUGUGUACUGGACGGGAGAAAACUCCCAUAGAUAUUUCUCUUCAAGUGUGUGCCCAUUCUGAGUAGUUUCAAUUGGAAGACUGGUAAAAACUAUAGCUUUUUCAAGCCACAUCAUAUUGAUUCUUCGUUUCUUAGGUCUUCCAAUCUUUACCAAAAAACCCUCAUCACUGGUCUUAAAAAUGGAAUCUGCUACAAUACAAGAAACUUGCCAGGCAGAAGGGUAUCCACCUCCCAAGUUGACCUGGGUCAGACUUGUUUCUCCUUUACCCGUUGGAAAGACCAACGUAAGGGGAGGUAGAUUCACCAUUAGGAAUUUAAGACCAGUGGACAGCGGUUUGUACCAAUGCGUAGCAACGAACAGCAUGGGAUCAAAAAAGGCCACCAUGAACUUGUUUGUGCAAAAAUCACCAGGUUUGUAUAUAGCACGUUACGCCGACCUCAUAUAUCAUGAUAAAACAUUUUACUGAAAGAUUAGCACUUCACCAUGUUUAGACAGACAAAUUAGACUUAAAUGUCUACGUUUGCAAAACUGAAAUUAACUGAUGUCUUCAAAAUACUAGGAUGCCCCUAAAUUUGCUACUGUGUCUCCAAGUGUACAACGACAGUUGCAGGUGUGCAGGUGCAGUAUCCGAUGACGUCAUUUUUUGACCUGCAGGUGCAGGUGUACGGUAUAGUCUCCAAUGAUGUCAUUUUUGUCUCACACCUUCAUACCUAGAAGAACUAAACUCUAACUCUAAAAGGUAAGCAAGUUUUUUUUGUGCUAAAUAACUCGGCCGUUUGGUUUAUACAGUCAUAUCUAAUGACCUUGGUAGUACUGACCUUAGGCUUAGUAAUGACCCGAUUUUCAAGGUUUUUUUCGUUAUUUCCCCACCAUUGCAAACGAUUUAACGCUUUAAUACCCCUCUCUUUCUCCCCACGCACCGUUUCUGAUGCCCCGAGAUGUGUGUUAUUACACAGCUUUAGAUUCGAGGACGAGGACGACUACGAGGACGACAUUUAAUUUCAAGUUUUCUCUCCUUUUCUCUAAAAUAGACACCCUGGAAAGCGUCACGGUACUUUUUUUUCACCACAAAAGUUAGUUAGUUCUCUUAUUUCUAUUGAAGGUGUUAACUUGGUGGCCAUCUCCCGAUCGCUAAGUGAUAAAAUUCCUGACAUUUGAUUACUUGUUUUCGCCACUAAGGCAUUCUCGCUAAAAGCUCUUUAGAACGACGAUGGCUAUCACAUUUUCCCGCUAAAAUGACGUUAGUUCGCAUGCGCGCACUACUCAGUAUUGGGGAAAUCUCGUUCUUAUCGUCUGAUCCUCGUCUUAGAAUCUAAAGCUCAUAUUUGAUAUUGUCAUCCAGAGUAUCUCAUAAAAUCCUCGGACCUAAGCUUUCGCAAUGUUUGAGGAGGGUACAUGGGGGUUUACGGUAUUGCGGUAUUGGUCUUUUUUUCAUGCGUUAUUUCGGUAAUUUUAAUUUUCACGUGCGGUAUGCGGUUCAGUUUUUUAUCAUUUUGGCUGACGGUAUUCGGUGAAAUAAGAUUGUUCACGGUAUUACGGUACCGUUUAUUUGCGCUCUUCUUUCGAUGCAAUGCGCAAAACAAAACACAGUAGGACAUAAAGGUCAAUAAAAGUUAAUAUUUAGAAGUCUUGAGACAUAACGGUAAAUGAUUACACCAUUUGUGGGUCAUUUUGUGUCAGUUAAUGGUCGAUAAUAUACAAUGUGAUUGUUGUUGCAUCCAAUGAUAAUGAGUCGUGUCAAGUUACCUUACCGGGCUUUUCGAUCUGUGUACCUUUGCGGGUAAUUCGAGGUCUUACACGUUUUGUGACAAUGGCCGAGGUCGCUGAGGUUGAAGACGGCGUGGUCAUCAUUGCCUGUGUGGCAAUCGUUUAUGAAGAGGGCAAAGGAGGCGAACAUUAUCACAACAAGAAUAAGUUUAGAUGUCGGGUUUCGAGAAUUGAAAAACGCCUUGUAAAGUUAAAAGAGAAAAUUUGGUAAGUUUGCCUCUUACCGGCGCGGCGUGUGAGACAGUCGAGAUAGUUAACCCCUGAGCACAGGUAGCCCAAGCUCAUUACAUGAACGCGGACAUGACUCUUGCUUGCGAGCGGUGUUGUGUUAAAUACGGUUGUUUGCAAAGGCUUGUAUGAGAUGUAAACGGUUUUCCUUAAAAGAGAGAAAUAAUGUUAUGUUUUUAAAUAAAAUCGACGUACCUUAUUACCUUGUUAUAUUCUUUGUUGUUUGCCCGCGUCUCAGGCCGUUUUGAAGCGUUUUCGGCGAGUUUGGGCUAUUUUGGUGUUCCACUGCUAAGAGAAAGGCAAGGCAGAGCAGUGACUGACGGAGUGUGCAUGUCCGUCGUUCGAGGCGAAUAAUUCCGCUGGAAAAUUACCCCCGGCCUCAAUUCCUCCAGAAAUUCAAAGCAGAGAUGUUGCAGUUCCAUGUCCAUUCACUCGAUUCGCAAUUCCUCCCACAGUUAGUUCACUAGCGAUGCUUUUAUCUCUUGCUCGACCGGCUUCCGAAUUUCCAACUAGGCUCGUCCAAACUGCCGUGGACCCGUUUACCGAUUGCAUAGUAUGUCAGGUAACUAAAAUAAGCCCGGCGAGGGUAGCCAGCGGCCUGCAGUCGACAAUCAAACAAGGGCUUAUUUAGAAAAAAAAAAUCAUGAUCAUUCAAAGAGCUCCCUUACCUUUAGUUCAUAGCCACUCUUUGUCCUACGGCCGGUUAAACGCCGUUUAGUCGACUUUCUUUACAUCGAGUACUGAACACUUCAGUACUCGAUGGAAAGAAAGUCGACUUGCGGCGUUUAACCGGCUGUAGGACACAGAGUGGCUAUGAACUAAAGGUAAGGGAGCUUUUUGAAUGAUCAUGAUUUUUUUUUCUUAGCCUCGUAGAUUCGAAUACAUGUGAUAAAAUUCAAACAAUAAGUGCCCGAAUCACAUGUCAUAAUGCAAGAAAUAUCGACCUUCAUUAUCUUAAAGGCUACUAGUCUUUUUCAUUUAUUUGGCAUCAGAUAAUACACUAACAAUUUUAGUAUAUUCCGACCAAAUUACCUCUGAAGCCCGAACUCACACAUAGUGCGCUUGGGCUGCCUGUGAUUAAACGCGCAAGAUAGAAGCAACCAUAACUAUGCGGUAUCGGUAUUUAGACGAUUUUCGACGCGGUAUUUCCGUAUUUGCCAUUUUUUCUUACGGUAUUGCGGUAUUGGGUACCCCCCAUGUCCCUCUCUUUGAGCGUAUCGGUACCGGUUUUUUUAAGUUAAAUUUUUGCAUACGUCCGUCUGAAGGAAUGUGAAACUGCAAGAAGUUUAGAACUCUCGUGGCCAGAAAAUACCAACAGUACAAAACCAAGUCCACUAAACAAAUAAAGAUUUAUUUGAUAAGUCAAUCUUUAUUUAAACACGGUAAAAUCCAUCAGGAAUUUAAAAAAUUAAAAAUAACCUAACUAUCCUAAACAAAAUUCAAAACCUGACUACAACUAAUCUAACUAAAACCUGUUUUUCAUGAAUGCCGUGUAUAACAUUAAAAAUGAACAUUAACUAAUCUUUUAAAUUGACUAAGAGAUUCGGCUUCUCUCACAUGACAGGGUAGGCUGUUCCAGAGAACUGCUCCGCUAUAAGUAAAGCUGUUUUUCAUGAAAUUAGUUCGUGGAAAUGGGACAAAUAGUUUGUUAACAGAGUCCCUCAGGGAGUAACGCGUUUCAUUUCGUUUAACAAACUUAGAUGAUAAAUAUUCAGGAACAAGGCCAUUUAAAGACUUGUAUACCAUUAUGGAUUUCUGUAUUUGAAAUUGAGUGCUCAAGUCUUUCCAAUCGAGUUGUCUAAUCAAACGGUUAGCAUCAGCAUCAUAGCUAGAGAAGGUUAAAACGCGAGCGGCACGGUUCUGAAGCUUCUGUAGCCUGUCAAAUAAUGUUUUACCACAAUUACCCCAGACAAGAUUGCAAUAAUCGAAAUGAGAUUGAAUUAGUGAGUUGUAUAUAUAGUGAAGGGUAGGUGGAGGGACAAAAGGUCUAAUUCUUUUUAUUGCUCCAAUUCCGGAAGCGACCUUUUUAGAUAAUUUAUCAAUGUGUGUUUGCCACCGUAGAUUUUCAUCAAUAAAUAUUCCAAGCGAUUUGACAGAGGAAACGUGUUCUAUCGGAACAUUAUUAAUCGAGAGCUCAAGUGGGUUCGACAAAGUACUCAAUUUUUGUCUGGAGCCAAUUAGCAUGAAUUCAGUUUUAGAAGUGUUCAAAGUAAGUUUAUUGGAAAUAAGCCAUUUGUUUAGGUUAUCUAAAUCGUGACUCAGAGUUAACUGUAUUGAAUUCACAUCAACGCCAGCAUAAGUAAUGUGGGUGUCAUCGGCAUACAUUCUAGGCUGGCACGAAGUAAGGCAGUUUGGCAAGUCAUUAAUAUAAAUAAGAAAUAAAAGGGGGCCAAGGAUUGUUCCUUGCGGUACCCCACAUUUAAGAGAGCAGAUUCUAGAAAGAGAACCGUUAACAAGACAUCGUUGUGUACGAUUGGUUAAAUACGACCUAAACCAAUCAAGAGCUGUACCUUGUAUUCCGUAAAGGUUCAUUUUAGCUAGAAGGAUAUCGUGGUCAACGGUGUCGAAAGCCUUUUUUAAAUCGAGGAAAACCACAGCAUUAACAUUGCCACGAUCAAUAUUAAAGGCCCAAUUAUCCGUAGCUUCCAGAAGGGCAGUUGCAGUUGAGUGUAACGAGCGAAAACCCGAUUGAUGAUUAGAAAUGAUAUCUUCAUUGGUCAAAAAGUUAUACAACUGAUCAUAAACAAUCCUUUCAAACACUUUAGCUAUAACGGAAAUGACUGAAAUAGGUCGAUAAUUAUUCAGAUCAGAUGGCUCACCUUCCUUGAACAACGGAGUAACUCUAGCACAUUUCCAAUCAUCAGGAAAUAUACCAGAGACUAAAGAUUUAUUAAAGAGAUCACAUAGUGAAACUGAAAUAAGAUCAGCACAUUCACGUACAAUUUUAGCAGAAAUAUUAUCAAGACCAGUUGCUUUAGAUCUACAUAAUUUGUUUAGAUGUGAGAAAACAAUGCUGCAGUUAGUCGAGGAGAAGCUGAAAUUGUUGUUAUUUACCUUUAUAUUAUUGAUAUAACUUGAAUUAUUUUCAGCAGUUAGAGGUAUUUCAUUAGCAAGUCUGGGCCCAAUUGUUGAAAAAUGGUCAUUAAAAGCAUCAGAAAGCUCACUAGAAUUAGAGAUAAUGGUAUCAUUCAAUUUCAGUUCUUUCACCGUUGUAUUAUUCACACGACGGGAUGUAAGCUCAUUAAAGGUUUGCCACGUUUUUCGAGGAUUACCCUUAGAUUGAAUAAAUACAUUAGAAUAAUAAGAUGCUUUAGAAAUUUUGAUGUCAUUGUUUAUUAUAUUUCGCAACUUUUUGUACCUUUUCCAAUCGUGUGGAUCAUUCGAUGUAAUUGCUUUUCUUUUGGCAGCAUCACGAUCACGCAUGCCUUUCUUUAAUUCUGAAUUGAUCCAGGGUGCUUUAUUUGUUCUAGUACGUCUAGUUCGAAGUGGCGCAUGAAUAUUAACAAUAUCCAAAAACUUCGUUUUCCAGUCAGUCCACAAAACAUUUGGAUCUUCAGAAACAUUACAGGACCAGUCUUGCAGAGCGAUAUCGUUACGAAAACUCUCUAUUAAAAUUUUGGAAAUUUCUAUAAGAAAUGGUUGAGUGCCCUUUUGAAGGAAAAGUGAGAGAUAAUUUCCUAUAAACGUAAAUAAGGCUAUGAUCGCUGAUACCAAUAUGAGAGACUCCGGAACAGACUACCCUGUCAGUAUAGUUUGUAUAAAUUAAAUCAAUUAAUGUUGAAGAGGAUUCCGUUAUGCGAGUAGGUUCAGUUAUAAGCUGUUGAAGCCCAAAUAAAUCAGAAAUUUCACAUAAGCGUCGAGUAUUUAAAUCAUAUUGUGCAGAGGCCAGGUUACAGUUUAAAUCACCUAGCAGAUAAUAUUCUAGGCCGAGGGAAUCUAAUUUCUCAAGAAAUGAUUCGUAAUGUAAAAAUAAAUCAAUUGAGGAGCAAGGAGGUCUGUACCAAGUGGCUAUCAGAAAUGGCCCGGAGUUUGGUUUCCGAAUCUCUAUACAUAAAUUUUCAAGACUGGGUGCAUUCAAAUCAGAGCGAACUUCAAAAUUAAUCGAGGUUUUUAUAUAAAAACCUACUCCUCCUCCUUGUCUGUUUCUAUCACGACGAAUAAAUUCAUAGCCUGGUAUUUGGACCUCACAACUAUUGAUAGAGUCAUCAAGUUUAGUUUCAUUAAUUGAGAGAAUAUCAAUGGAGCGAUCGGCAAGGAGAAUUCUUAGUUCAUCAAUAUGCUUUGUAAGACUAUUAAUGUUUAAACCUGCAAUUUUAAAACCACGACCAGAAGGAAGAAAAUCAGAGAGAAUUGUACUUUCAAAUGAAUCAACGUUUUGAUUAGGAAUACCUGAUGAUACGUCACUCGGUUGAGAAGCUAGCGUGGGCGUCUCCUGUUGCGAGCUGGAGAGGGAAGGUUUCCCAGUUCCAUCAGAAGCUUUACCAGUUGUUGGAUAGCUGAGGACUGAAAACCCUUAAGAGACUGAUUAUACUUGCCAGAACCAGAUCUUAAAAACUUAAUAAAUUGCACGGCCAGCAAUGACGAACCUUUGGCAUUCAGAUGAAGUCUACUACCAUUUAAUGCUGAGGCGUCAAUAACCGAAUUAUCAAUAUAAGUAAAGUUAUCAUCUACUGCUGUGAGCUUGACCCUCUCAUUAACUUCAAUGCGUUUAGCAUCGACGUUGAUAUCUUCUCUGUAGACUAUACCCGAGAGACCAAUGCUUGAAUUAGGAAACUUGCUCUUCACCUUCAAUACAAGGCUCUUGAUAUCGGCGACACAUGAAUCGGCAGACUCUGAUGGAAGAUUGUUGGUGCCAGUAUGGAUGAUGACGUGAGAAGGAUCCGCGGAUGCAACAGCGAUGUUGUCAACAGCUUCAGCUAUUUCAGCGGUGGUUUUCCCGGGAUAUGAGAAUUUAUGUACAUGUCUUUGCGAAAGCUUUUUUGGAUCAAUGUGUUUUAUCAUUGAGUCACCAAUAAGCACUAUGGGUCUUGUCUUUCCGACUUCACCGCUUUUGGAGUUAUUUGCACUAACUCGAGAGGUAUUUGCGUGCGCUCCAGACUGAUGCAGUGGGAUCUCAGAGGAUACUUGACUCGAAGGAGAAGAGACAAGUAAGGCCUGAUAGCGGUUAUGACUAGUUGGAAUUGAAUCAAAUGCCCGGCUCGCUUCAGAUGAAUCAACAUGUGAAUGUUGCUGUUGCUGUUGUUGGCGACUUUCUUCGUUAUUUGCAGUAUAGUUGUCCUCAUUUCUCACUUGGAAUUGUACCUCACUUCUAAGGGGCUCAAAUCUGUUCUGAGUUUCUAUAUUGCAGGCCGCCAACGGCCGCUGGAUAUGUUUAUCAUUCACACUUUUCCCAAGUGUGCCCACUUGGGACCAACAAUCACAUAUCUUUUGUUGGCGGCAUUCGCCCUCGCUUCUUUCUUGCAUAAUGAUCUUCAUAGCCAGCUUAAGAGAAUCAUUUUCUUGUUGCAAGGACAAAACUUGGCUCUCAUAGGAAAAACACUUUUCCUCCAACACCUCAAUUUCAUUAUCUUUUUAGAUAAUGUCGAUAACACCUUCUCAUACCUCUCUUUGUAAUCGAGGAGCUCGGCGCUAAAAGCGGUUUCUUGUAAUUUGCAUUUCGUCGACAGAAGGCUUGUAUUUGCUUCAACCUUUUUCUGAAGAAUUAGUAAAUCCAGUUUUAAGCCCUCAAUAUCAGCACUGAUAACCGAGUUCGAUCGCUCUUGAAUACUGUUCUCAAGUCCGGCGUCGGCGGCCGAAGCUAGUCGAUUACUGCAGAUGCCAUUGGCUUCUUGCGAAGGCGGAAUUUCUUGCUCGGUUGUUGAAGCAUCCGAGACAGGCGUAUCAGCUUCUGUUCCCUGUUUAUUUUGAAUAAACUUGACCAACUUGUCCUUUAAGGAGGGACCAUCUCGACCUUGGAAACAAAGGGUUAGCUGUUUCUUAUUAUACCAGUUGAUGACGAGAUUAUUGUUAGAACUUUUGAAUUGCUUUACGUUUCCUCCGGGCGACGACCACUUUCCUUGUAGUUUCAAGCCAUUUUCCACAAAAUUCUUUAACGAUUCAAGGUUAUUCGUCCACGUUAAUCGUUCCCCGUUUAGCUUAAGGGAUUGUAAUUCGCACCAUUUAAGGUCAAGCUGGUAAGACUCGGUAUCUUUCGUCAAAACGGGACCAGAAGGUUCACGUCCGUCCGCCAUGGUUCACACGUUCACGUGAACUUCAAAACCGAUACAGUGAGGUGCGUGGCUAAUACUUUGCGUGGUAAAAAAAAAAAAUUAGAAGUUGCUCCAAUGAAAAUUUGACAUAAAGAAACAACAAAACUGCGACAAAGCUAGGACUCAAAACCACUUACAUUGCUUACAUUGCCAGCGAAAACUUCUGUGGUAACCGAUUGCAUAAAACGCCAAGAAACGUAGAAAAGCACUCCAGAGAACUGCGUUUAGCGCAGACCAAAACAAAACUGAAAAUUGUACUGAAGAACUGCGGUGUGAAAUACGGUUGAAUGUACAGAAAACAAAACUGACGAAACUAAAAAAGGGGCUAAUGAAGAUGAAAAAGCGUACAAAGAGACGCUAACGAAAGGGCGAGAAAUGACACAAAGGACUAUAAGAGUAAACACCUAAAGAAACUAAACAAGAGGGAUAAAAUGAACUAUAAUUUAAAAAGCUUAUUAACGUACGAAAAAAGAAAAACAUCGAAUUCUGAAAAAUUGAUUGUUAUACUUUGAUCUAAAAGCCGUGUGACGCGAAAAUGAUUCAUCGCACACUGCACCUUUAAACUUGCACCUAUACCUGCAGUCACACCUGUGCACUUGCAAAUUAAAGCCUCCAUAUACCCCCUGUUUCUUAAGUUCUAAUUAAGUAAACUAUUAACUAAAGGUUUGUAACAGCGCAUGUUAUCUACCAUAAAACGAUGCUACAAGGCUGAUUCAGCAAACAUUCAUCUGGCAAAGUAUGUACAAGUGCGUGUUAACAAUGAGGAAGCAUAUUAAAUGUCCUCAACUAAGGGCCACAAAGGAUUUUUGCCCAACGACGAACUUGUUUGUAAAGCAAAGAUAUCGCGCCCCUUCACUCGUUCCCAAUAAGCAGAUUCAACAGACCUAAGGCAGGGUAAGUUAUACAACCUACAAAAAUGUGGUGCCAUAAGACUGACACACCUGAGUCUUUCCAUUCUUUCUUACGUUCAGCUGUAUUCGUUCAGUUAUCAAAAAAACAACAACAACAAACACUAGGAAUAGUUGCACGAGAUUUGAUAAAUACUUUUUUCUCCAAGCUAACUGUGACUGCUGGCGCAGCAGGUCCAGAAGUCCUUAUAGACGAAACUGGGAAUACCAUGGCAGCAUUGAUGCAAUAGAUUUCCAGACAAAUGGUGACGUUAUUCUUUCAGGGUACCGGCUGUGGGGAGUGAGCAGUGGCUCAACUAGUUACCAGGUCACCAUUCGUUUGUACCGUGGAAGUAGCUUGAUAGCAGAAAAGACUGGGUCCUAUGGUACCCGUUCUAGUGUUAAGACAUUUGAGGUGCAUUUUUCUCAAAGGAUCUCGAUCCACGCUGGUGUCACAUACACUGCAACAGCUAGAAUAACUACAGGUAAAAGUUCUUUUUGGCUUAAUGAUGGGAUGGCAAGUGCCUCGUGUUCUGGUGUCAAAGUAACCUUCAAGACUUCCUCAAAAAGCUCAAAUGGUUCUGACCAGACUAACGGUCAAAUACCAGCUUUAAUUUUCGGUUCCUCUCGGUGCUAA